AUGUUCGCCAACACGCUGGAGUUUGAUGUUGUGCUGCGCGCCAAAAUGGCCCAUGUGAAUCUGCCCCAAUUGCUGCGGCAACGUGACCGUAGCAACCGCAACGCGCUGCAUUAUUGUGCGGCGCAGGACUUGGAGCAGACGCGCGACCUCGUGGCGGCGGCAAGCAUUGCGAUAGCAGCUCCCGAGCUGCUCGAGUCGGCCGAUGAGGAUGGCUUCACGCCGCUUCACUUGGCUGUUAUUCAGGGCAACUUGGCGAUGGUCAAUUUGCUGCUAGCGAACAAAGCCGAUGUGAAUGCGGUGGACAAUGAAGGUCACUCCGUGGUGCACUGGGCAACGGUGUGUGGCGAAAUUGAGGCAUUGCGGGCUGUGCUGGCAGCUGGUGCCAGUGUGGCCAAGCCCGAUGUGAAUGGCGGCACGCCGCUUCACUAUGCGGCACAAAUGUGCGGCGCCAGCUACGACAGCAAACUGCAGUCGAACUCCAAUUCCAGCAAGCUGGCGCUCGAAAUUCUUGGCAUACUCUUGUCCCAUCCACAGACCAGUGUCGAUGUCCAGGACAAGGAUGGACGACAGCCACUCCUCUGGGCCGCCUCCGCUGGGUCAGCCAAGGCUGUCAUUGCGCUGGUGAAAGCAGGAGCUCGCGUGGAGAGUUGCGAUAAAGAUGGCUUGACUGCUCUGCACUGCGCUGCUUCGCGUGGCCACACCGAGUGCAUUGACACGUUGAUCAGCUUGUGCGGAGCUCCCACAGAUCUCAUUGACUCGAAUGGCUGCACAGCUUUGCAUUAUGCUGUUACCUUGGGUCAUGCGGAUGCCACAGCGCGUCUCCUCGACUUAGAGGCGGAUCCCAAUCGUCAGGAUCGAAAAGGACGCACGCCGGCGCAUUGCGGUUGCUCGAAGGGACAAUUUGAAACGCUGAAGUUACUUAAAGAACGCGGUGCGAAUUUGUGGCUGCGCAAUGCCAAAGGAGAUCUUCCGCUGCAUGAGGCAGCUGCCUCGGGGCGUCGCGAGUUGCUCGAGUGGCUGUUGGUGCAGCGACCCAAACAGGUGAACACCACCAGCAACGAUGGACGCAGUUUGCUGCACAUUUCGGCGGCCAACGAUUACACGGACAUGUGCAAGUUGUUGCUUGACUAUGGCGGCGAUGUGAAUGCUUUAUACAGGAAUUCGCGUGGCAUUGUUUUGACUCCUUUGGAUUGUGCUUUGCAGCGUGGACAUCGCUCCACGGCCAAGUUUCUGCAGUCGCAUGGCGGGCAGCCAUCGAGCAAAUUGCGUUUGGCAGCACGUCGUGGGAAUCCGUUUCAUGAAGGCGCUGCAGCGGAUCCUGUGCGUCCCUUGAAGUACGUGGAGAAGGAGGAAGUGCACGAUCUGCGUAGCUCCAAGAAGUAUGUUGUGUAUCUCAAGCGCACAGACUCCGAUGGUAACGCAGAGCAGGCUGAAGAGGAGGGCGAGGGAGAUGAUUGCAGCUGCACGGAGCAAUCGUAUCGCAAGGAGCAGCGAUUGCAGCACAUUUGCCGACGUCACAAACGUCGCCAGCUUCGACGACGCACAAACAGUUGUGGCGAGAACAAGCACGAGAAGUGCAGCGACAUUUGUCGCUCCAAGAGCAACAUUGAGAUCAGGCGUCGCAAGUCAAGAGAGCGCUAUGCGAGCACAAGUGAUUGCGACAACGAUGAGGAUGAAGAUGAGGAGGAAGAUUCCUGUGAGAAUUGUUGCUAUCACAAGCGACAGAAACAGCGCGUGGUGCAACGCAAGCGUACAGUUUCCACGCGUCGUUGUAAGUCCGAGAAGUUGGGGGAUAGCGAAGAGGAGGAGCACAGCGAAGGGGAAAAGCAGGACAAGAAGUCAGCAGAAGAGUCUAAGAAGGUGGAAAUAGCUAAGGAGUCUAGUGAAGACAAAGGGCAGAUUGCAACUGCAACAACAGCUGCAAUUGCACCAGCAACCACAGCAGCAACUCCGCCAGCAACCUCAGAAGGCACCUUUAUCAAAUCGCCGCCGCAAAGCGCCAAAAGCGAGAAGCCAGCUGAACCAGCUCCCGAAAGUCUAAAGGUAGCAGAGACCAAUGCUGUGGAGCUAACUGAUGAGGAACAGGAGGCAGCCAAGUCUGUGGUUACCCAAGUCGAUGUGCAUCACGAUGCUGCAGAAGAAUCCCCAGAUGCAAAGCAGGAGCUGAGUGAAGAAGAUACCAAAUUGGUGUCCAAUGAAGUCGAACAGAUGAUCAAAAUUGCUGCCACCGCGUUGAGCAGCGAGUCCAAGAGCUCCACCGAUGAUGCUUCAGUCAAGGAGCAACCCGAGCCAGCUAAAGAGCCUCCUGCCACUGAAGAGGCAGUUAAGCCCGAAGUUGUUGCUGCUGAAACAGUUGUUGCUGCCGCGCCCACGCCCACUGCCACACCCACACCCUCGGUUGCUAAGCCAGCAACAGCCGAGCAACCACAGCAGCAGCAACCAACAGAGAAGCAGCUGCCCGUUGAGGCUGAAAAACCAGUGCAGCUGCCAGCUGAGCCCAAAGUGAGUGAGUCGAAAGUUGCCCCAACACCGAAAACGACGCCGACGACGUCGACCUCGAACCCAACGCCAUCGAAACCGCAGACUGAGCCCAAAAAUCCACAGCAAAAGCCGCCAGCCGCACAGCCCCAACCACAGCAGCAGCAGCAGCCACAGCCACAGCCUCCUCCACAGCAACCACAACGCGAACAGGAAUCUAGACGCUCCUUUACGCUGCUGCCCUCGGAUUCGGCUGAUGAUGAACCCUCAGCAACUGUUGCCCCCUCCGCAACAACCAACAAUAAUAACGCCAACGAACCGGAGCGCAAAUCCAGCUUCACGGUACUCAAGAGCGAUGAAUCGAUGGGCGAGUUGGAGGAUUCGCCGCGUCCCAAAGAGCUGGACUUUGCCAGCAACAGUCAAGUGUUUCAAGUGAUGCACGAUGGCAACGGCAGCUCGAAGUUGCCCAGUGCCUCGGAGUUGGAUAAAGGAGAGUACGAUUACGAGGAGUACGACGAGGGCGAUGAUGAUGACGGUGGCAUUGACCCAGAGCAUGACAGCGCCUUGCGUCGCUUCCUUAGCAGCGGCAAUCGUCAUGGAGUGGCAGGAGAUGCUGGAGAAAUUGCUGUGACUAGCGAUGUGACUGGCUAUGAUGGACUCUCGAAUGGAAGGAAGCGACGGCUGAAGAAACGCGUGCGCAGCGGCGCCAAGACGCGCAGCAAUUGGAAGCAUGCGCAAGAGUCGCGGGACAGCAGCAAUGCCGCCGGCUUGGCUACCACGAGUAAGGAUCAGGACUCGGGCUUCGAGCCAAGUCCGCGUGCGGAACGCACCAAGAUUCCCACGCCGCGGAGUUCGCACACAGCGAUGCCGCGUCGUCCCAUUUAUGCCACACUUGAUGGCAGGUCGUGCAGUAGUCGGCUGGAGAAUCGCAAGCCGGGGGAUAAGGGAGCGUGUGAUAUGGGCGCCGUGACACGUUCCAUACAGCGCAAUAUACGCAGAUACUACAUGGAGCGCAAGAUCUUUCAGCAUCUGUUGGAGCUCAAGUCGCUGCAGAUACGCUCGAACAAACUGAACGAAUCGGUGCUGGUGAAGCGAGCCGUUGACGACUAUCACAAAUCGUGUGUGUUGCUCGGCGGUGAAACUGGCACAAGGCUGAGGCGAUACAAUUUCAGCGAGUAUACGUUCAAGAAUUUUGAGUUGUUUCUCUACGAGACGCUCAAGGGACUGCAGAAGCCGGGCACGAACAACUUUCAGAACAUCAACGAGGUCUACGAGGAGGCCGAGCGACGUCUUAGCCCCGACUACAAUGCGUAUGAGAAGGCGCUGCAGUGCACGACAAAGACGCAUCGUUGUCUUCAUGCAGCUCACGCCUACACCGGGAUUCCGUGUGCCGCGUAUAUUCCCAUGAUGAAUCACCACACGAUGCCCAAGUUUGGAUUUGGACCAUAUAAAAAAGCCGGCAGCGUCAGCAGUUUUUAUCUGCCAAAAAUACUGACCAGCGGACGCGCCACAAGCGGACGCACAGGAGGUGGAAGCGGAGGCGGAGGCGGCGUUGGAGUUGACAUUGGCGUGGGCUUCGGGGGGCUGGGGGGCGGGGGGAAAUGCAGCCACAAAGUUGCACUGGAGCUGUCACACGGAAAGAGUAAACAACUAAUUUCACUGCCAGCGGAUAAGUUGGACAGCAAUAAACGUUACUAUGUGACGUUCACAGUUAAGGAUUCGCCGGGCCAGUCUGCAGUCAGCGAGGCGCAUAAACAAAGUCAGCAACAGCAACAACAAUUGCAGCGGCAAUCGAGUUGUGCUGGUGGCGAUGCGAGCGGCAAGUAGCACGUUGCGUAUACGUAAUGUGGCUUUACUUUUGCUGUGGCCCUGUGGUUUGCCCAUUGCAAUAUUACCCAUACGCAGUGUGUGCCCAACAGCAGCAGCAGCAUCAUCAUCAUCAUCGUCAUCGUCGUCGUUGCGCCAAAUGCAUUAAAACAAUGCGACAUUUUGUUCUUUUGCUGUGCUUUUUAUGCGACC